AUGAUCGGUAAAGAAACAGCAAAAAAUGUAUGGCCUUUUAUUGGCAAUGGACGCAACAGCCGUUUUGGCGCAACUAGAUAUGCUCAUGAUGCUCCCAGGAAGGUAGCACGAUUUUACUCUAGAAUUGAGGAUAUUUCUCAUGUACGUCCAAUUCCAUUUAAAGUUGGUAAGCAUUAUGAAAACCAAGAGUUAGGGCGGGACCCAAAUCGACUGGAUUACUUUUGUUCCACGCCUUUUGAUGUCUUUGAAGACGAUCAUCUCACUGGAGUUGGUAGUUAUGGCAGUGGUGGUGGUGGUAGAAACGAUGGUGGCAUAGUGGCAGGCCAUACUAGAGGUAGUGACUCUACCGUUGCAGGUGAUGGUAUAAGGCUACGAGUUCAUUGA